AUGCCGCUCAAUACUGCUGCUUCACCAGCUAAUUACAUGCAGCAGAUACAACAGCAGCAGCAGCAGCAGCAGCAGCAGCAGCAGGAGCAGCAGCAGCAGCAGCAGCAGCAGGAGCAGCAGCAGCAGCAGCAGCAAACUUACCAGCAGCAGCAGCAGCAGCAGCAGCAGCAGCAGCACAAGCAGCAGCACAAGCAGCAGCAGCAGCAGCAGAAGGAGCAGCAGAAGGAGCAGCAGAAGCAGCAGCAGAAGCAGCAGCAGAAGCAGCAGCAGAAGGAGCAGCAGAAGGAGCAGCAGAAGGAGCAGCAGAAGGAGCAGCAGAAGCAGCAGCAGAAGGAGCAACAGCAGCAGCAGCAAUAG